AUGAUUAGCAAACGAAUCUUAUUGAUGACAUUACGUUCUUCGGAGCAGACGCAUUUUACAUCAGAGAGAUAUUUCGCUUCAAAAGUUUUUAAAGAGAAGUACGCGAAAGUCUAUCCACUUAAAACACCGACUAUGAUUGCUUUGGAUAAUUUUGACUUUUAUUAUGGACCUGUUUAUGGCAAUCGCUGGCCCUCGAUACGUUUGGCACUGCUGACACCGAACAAAUAUUUCGCAAUUUUGAAUAAAUUUGCGAGUAAUUGGAAAGAAAAUGAGAUGUUAAUGAAAAAAAUUGGUGCUAUUAAUGUUUUGGAAGAGGCACGAGAACAGGAAAGUAAACUAACGGAUGAAAAGCAAUUAGAACCCAAGAUUUGCAUUGAAACUAGUAUUUCUGAAGAAAAGUCAUUGGAAAGCUUUUUCAGUGAUCAGAUCGGUCCAGAACCUUUGCAUAUGCGUGGUAAAGGAGGAUUAACUCAGUUUCGACAAUCUGGUAGGAAUGUUACAAUGGAUGAAAAGAUAAAUCUUAAAGAAGAUGCAUCACCAAAUGUGAACACAAAGAGAAUUGAAAUAACUGGUUUCGAAGGACAGUAUGUAGAAUUACCGAAAGAGAAUCAUGUAUUACAUUAUCCGAAUAAGCUUGAUAUAUAUGCUUUUCCAUAUGGGAACUUAUCCUGUUAUCCACCUCCUGUAAAAGAUGAAGUUGGGACUCAAGGCAAAAUUUUAUGCUGGUGGCUUCUUGAUGGUGGUUCGAUAGCGCCUGUAUUAGCUUUGGGUUUAACUGAAGGAGAAAAUGUUUUGGAUAUGUGUGCAGCACCGGGUGGAAAAAGCCUACUUAUCAUUCAAACACACUUAAUAGGUCAACUAACGUGCAACGAUAAUAAACAAAGUCGCCUAGGUCAUUUGCAUAGAGCUUUAGGGCAGUAUAUUCCAGUCAGUUCUGAAAUAGCUGAUCGAAUUAUUCUAAAGAGAAAGGAUGCAUCUAUUUUGGACACUUGGGAUGAAAUCAGUAUUUAUGAUAAAGUUUUACUGGAUGCACCUUGUACUUCGGAUCGUCUCUCUGUAAAUAGGGAUGAUGGUAAUUUAUAUUCGUCGCAAAUGACUGAACAGCGUUUGAAUUUACCUCAAGUACAAACAAGAAUGCUUGUAAAUGCUUUACGUUCAGUGCGUGUUGGUGGUUGUGUUGUUUAUUCAACGUGCACCCUAUCUCCAGUGCAAAAUGAAGGAGUGGUUGAAAAUGGUGUAGCAAUUGCCAGCACACAUUUUGGAAUAAAAGCUGUGGAAUUGUCAUUGUCAGAAUUGGAGUAUCGGUUUAGAGGCAGCUAUCAGUUUAGUGAUAAACCUCGUAGAGGUUCUUUGAUACUUCCAUUCUUACCAUCCAACUGUGGUCCAAUGUAUAUGUGUAAAUUACAAAGAAUAAAGUGA